AUGCUAAUCCUUCUCACCCUCAUUACAUUCCUGCUCUCGACGACCAGUGCACAAGUUCAAAGGGACGGACCGGUCGCCAAUGUCUCAGGAUGGGACGGACUGACAUAUACCGCGGCUCGCUGGGAGCCUUUAUGUGGUUCGCUCACACGUACGUGGCCACCAGGCAGUAACUGGAACGGAUGUGACGCUGCUAUGAACGGCUACAGCAACGAUGUGCGAAGAACUUUUGGGCUCUACGACCGCACAGGCGUCUUACUUGAGAGGGUUGGUGUAGGCCUUGGAAUCCCCCUCUGCAUGUGCUUCUCGUUGGGCAUGAUUGCCACAAACGAAAAUCUGGACAUAUGUUGGGGAUUUGAGUCCAGUGGAGUUGUAGUCGCAAACGGCCUUGGUGGGGUUCUUGGGAGCUGGAGGAUUAGUGGAAAGGCUCUCCCUCGUUGUACGGACGCCAAUCUAGGAUCACUGGAAGCGCAGUGGUCUCGAACGGCGAUCAUGCCCUCGUACACAGGAUCAGUUCUUACCUUUGGCCCAAGCACGGUGACCCAGCUUCGGACAGUGACGCUCACCCCUACCAGUCAGGUCGUCCCUGAGGCCGGUCGUGUGACUGGCUCUGGAAGCCAAGGCCAAGGGAGCUCUAGUGCAAUGAAGUUGGGGCUGGGAAUAGGCAUAUCUCUCGGCAUCCUUGCCUUGGUGGUUCUGAUCUGGCUUCGCUUGGGCAAGCAGAAGCGGAUUACUGCUGGGAAGCACGGAGAUGGAAUACCUGCAAGUCAGAGGCCGUCUUACCGAGCACCGAUAAAUACGAACCCCACAUGGGCUUAUUAG